UCCUCAUAACUCCAGAUCCUUCUGGACAAGGCCAACGCAUCUUCUUUCUGCGACAGCCGCCCGCACACUCCUCACUAGUCAGUGGGCAUCUCCGACUCCAGUCUUCCAUGGGUCUUCUCGACAAGCUCUGGGACGACACCCUCGCCGGCCCCCGCCCCGACUCCGGCCUCGGCCGCCUACGCAAGCCGCUCUCCUUCUCCCUCCGCACCGCGGCAAAAGACGAAUCGGAAUCGCCCAAGGGAGGAUGGACCAACGCCGCUGGCGGCGACGGCCCCGCGGAGGAAACGCCGAUGCGGGUCACAAGGAGCAUUAUGAUAAAAAGACCGCCCGGGUGGGCAUCGCCCGGGAGCGGAGCGACGCCGCCCACUUCGCCGGCGGGAUCCACUACUCCCAAAUCCCCCUUUUCAGGCGCUGGAGGGAAGGAGGGGAAUCGAUUCAGUAGGAGGUGGGUGUCGGAAGCGUACAGGAGGAAAGGGGAGGAGGAGGAGGAGGCUGGGUCUUCUUCUUCAUAUCCUCCCUUCGAAGGCUAAGCUUUGCCGUAUCAUGUAAGAUCCUUUAGAAUUAGAUCUAUGCAGGAAUAAGUAGGCGUGGUUUGUGUAUGUUGUAUGCUGUGGGUCGCGCGCGUGGAUGAGUUAGAGGGGUUCUGCUCCUCGUCUCCUUGAGUUGGGUAAUUAGUGUGUGUGUGUGUGUUUGUGUUAUAAAUUGUAAUAUCGUGUGUUUCUUGGUCGGAGAUGUAUGCAGAAUAAGAAAGCAGCUGGUAGUUUAACUA